AAACCUGUUACUUUGUUAAAGCUAUUGUACUUUUUUAGAGAGACCUCAAUCAAUUUAUCGAUACUAAUCGUUCACCUGUGUGGGUUCGUCACAUUCCCCUCCUAUUAUCAUCCCAUGCAGUGUCCGAGUUAAUAGCAUUGGGUCUUUUUUGCAGGCGCACCAGGGAUGAAUUGUAUGUUUUAUUGAUAAAAUGUUUCAAGGUCGUCAUUUGAUUGGAAUUCAAACAAAACAUGACAAGCGUUUCAUGCUUUCUUGAGAGUCGGAAGAGAUUGAGUUUGUUCUGUCAUGACACACUGAAGGGAGCGAGCGCACCUCACUAUACGGAGGGAGUAUCACUGAAUUGAUUUGACGUCUUAACAGUUGGUUUGCCUGAGGAGUACCCUACGCGCACCAUGCCAACGCAGAAAGUAAAUGUAAAACCCGCCGAGAAUGGCACGCCAGGAAAACCACCGUUGGCAACGCGAAAGAGCAAGAUAUUUGCCAUCUCACAACCACCAACAGAACCUGGCUUCGGUAACGACAUCGAGAAAGGAAAGGACAAGGUGGUCAAACUGGUCAACGGGAAAUUGAAUAGGAAUGCGAAGGUCAACGGUGCGAUUAAAGAGAACGGCAACGACGAGGCGAUGUCGUCGCCGAGACCAUUUCAUCCUUUUAUGUAUCGUGAUCGUAUGUCAUGGAUCGCUGUUCUAUACACGUCGAUUCCUGACACAAUCGGACUUUCCGGCAUCAAAUACGCCAUCAAUGUUGGUGAGAACAAAAUAAGAAGAUUAUUCUGGAUUCUCUUGAUCAUGGCUGGCUUUGGUCUAACAUGUUAUCAGAUUGUGGACAGAAUCACGUAUUUUCUGAAAUAUCCAACAAAUAUCAACGUCGCCUUUGACUUCGAAGACCAGCUUCCAUUGCCAGCUAUCGCCAUUUGUAAUAUCAACCCAUACAGAAGAGAUCUCAUCGAAGGCACACCGUUCGGAAACAUGGUGACCCACUACGUUUGGGACAAAACCACAUUCGACGUGACGCCUUACGAAGCUACCUUGAACGGGACCAACAUGACCCAGCUACUACUUGAUCUCAAACAUCCUUUGAAUGACACCGUGUUACAAGUUAAACUUGGGCAUGAGCAAUUACCUAUUUCAUCAUUUUCAACAAGGUUCACUACAUAUGGAAUAUGUUACACGUUUAAUUCAGGUGAAGAUGGCCAACCCCCAAUUUACGUAAAAGCCUCAGGUCCUACAUUUGGUCUAUCAGUCAUUCUGCACACCAAACAGGAAUGGUACUACUUAGAAGAAAGAGACCGAUUCUCAGCCGGAUUCCACGUUAUACUGUAUGACCGGGGGACCGAACCGGUUGAAGACCUCGGAUUCUCAAUCAAACCGGGUACCGGAACACAGGUGGCACUGAACAUUAAAGAGAUCAAUAACCUAGCCCAUCCCCACGGUGAAUGCGAGGAUAAGGAGCUCGUCAAUUAUGACUACUACGCCCUCCCUGAAUGUUACAACGAAUGUAUGUCAGAUUACAUCGUGAGUAGAUGUGGCUGUAAACCAGCAGCACUACCAGGAGACGCACCAGACUGUGAUCCUAUACAAUAUUUCGGUUGUGGAGCUAGUUCUUACGGUCAAUUCUUAGAACAGAGGAGCGGUGCAUGCGACUGCCCCACGCCUUGUUUUCAGCGAACGUACGACCGUGAAAUGUCGUACAGCAGUUUUCCCUCUAACUACUGGGCCAAUCUUCUUGCUACGACGUUCUUUGCAGAUCAGAACGUAACUGGCGAAUAUUUCACACAAAACAUCGCUCAUUUCAACGUCUUCUUCAAAGAUCUGACGAUUCAAAACGUCGAUCAGAUCAAAGCAUAUGAGUUCUUUAGUCUUAUGUGUGAUAUUGGUGGAUCAUUAGGCCUGUGGCUCGGCGGGAGUAUCUUGACCAUCUUUGAAUUCUUCGAUCUCUUCGGUCACUCCAUUUACGUCUACUCCAGAAAGGCCCGCUGAAACCCUGCAUCAAUUUCAGCUCCUAUACAUUCCUGGAUACCAGUCGCGGAUUAAGUAUUUUGAAAUAGAGGAGGCGCAAAUACCAAAUUUGAAAAUAUGGGGGCGCACGUGACAAUUUUCUCAGCGUUACCUAAACUGAUAUGUGCGUUUCAAUGGGCAAUUCUUAGAAGAAAUAGGAGGCCGACCGACACACUUUGCGCCCAACCACUGCACCAACGCUGGAAUAAAACAUGGACAAUGCAAUGGAAUAUUCGUGUAAUUCUAUUUUGAGAAGAUAACCCAGAUGUUUUUUUUAUGAUUCGGCAAUGUUAAAACAAGAGUACCACUAUUACUACUGUGGAUUCUGUUUAAAAGACCGUCCAGCCAAAACAAUCAUUAUUUUUUUUUUUCAAAUUUGCAGUUAAUCGCAAAGUCUAGACUUGAUAACGAGGCCCUUGUCAUUUUCAUAAUUCGCCUCAAUCAAGUUUUUUUUUUAAUCAAUCCACAUUCCCCAAAACAUUUUAUAAAGAGUGAUCACAUAUCUAAAAUGAUCGAUGAAUAUACCUUGAUGCAAAUCAUGCGAUAAUAGUUGAUGGAGUUCGCCAUGAUCGUUCAUUCUACAUCUGAGGAUAGCGUCAGAGUGCCUUGAACAAAAUUCAUGAAACCUCCAAAUUGAUAUAGAGGGCGUGCUUUAAGGUCUUGACACAGUGCUGAGUAACCCAAUUGCAAAGAUUAUCAUUAUGGAAUUCAAUCUCUCCCCCAUUUAAAAAAUAACGGGUAUUGCUCUGGCUUGAAAAUUCUUAUUCAGGUUUGAUGCGUAUCCGAUAUGGCGAAUUCUUGAAAGAGAGCCAAUGCAAUAUCCUCAUUGAUAUUUUUAUGUGUUUUUUCCCACGUGUUAUGCAAACAUUUGAAAUGAAAGUUGACUUUCUAUAGGUGAAGAAGUUUUCAUCGGAAGUUUGUCAAACUCAGAAUAAAAAAGAAAAAUAGGACUGGAAUAACCAAACCACAUGAAAGGAAACACCAAUGCAUGUGUGAUGAUAAGAUUAAAUCAAAUACGUAGAAUGGUUACAUUUUGAAAAAGUUACGGAAUUAAUCAUCGCCAUUUUUUGGUAAUCGAAAUAUUGUUUAAAUUUGAUAUCUGCGAUUAUACAGGAUGUCCAACUUUGUAACCGUUAAAGUAUUAUUUGGGGUGAAUAGAUGACGAUUCACCGAACAGGUGAUCGGCACCUUCGGGAAAUCCUUGUGAGGACAAUAUAACAAUGCAGUUUGGGCCGUUUCGCUUGUAAAACUUACGAUAAAUUUUUAUUUCAUAAAGGAACCGGUCAACAACAAAUGUAAAAAUGCCUAGAAAUCUACGACCUAUGUAAUUCAGAGAGUAUCUAGUGUAGGCUUAUACGAUAACAUGCGCAGUACUUUGGACCCCCCCUUCCUCAAAAUAAAAUGAAGUCAUCGUCUCCUUUCAAAACUACAGUAGCUUGAUAUUAUUCACAGUUGUGGGUGGGGGGAGAGGUACCCCCUCUUGUUCAAAAUUGUGCAUUAUGCCUUCCCCUUUUCCAUAAAAUUGUGCAUAUGCCUUCCCCUUUUCCAGAAAAUUACCCCCCUCUUUAAUUUUGUAAAUGAAAAUCUUAUGAUUUAUUACGUGGAUGCUUUCUUGUGUUUUAGUUAGUUUGCCUGCCUGCCAAACAAAGUUACAAUGAAGAGAAAAUUGCCUAUUUUCUGUUUCAUCUUUAGAUAAAAUCUAUUCGCCAAUAUCAAAAUAUCGACAUUAAAGUGAAUUAUCGAAAAGUGUUUGCGCUACGCAUGCGUGGCGAUAUCAUGAGAUUUUUGUCCCCCCCCCCCCGGGUACAAAAUUCGAAAGGAGGGGAGGGGGCAUGUCCACCCUUCCACCGGGAUCGGCGCCCACGGGGUCACGUCUUUCAAUGUCGUCUUGUCUUGCCGUGUGUGUGUGUGUGACAGUCUGAAGUAGUACAGUUGUGACACAAAGUAAUAACGAGAAUAUGAGAUUAAGUUGGUGAAAGAUGAUAAUAUUUAAGAUUAUAGAGUAACAUUUUGAGAAAAUGAGCACAGGUGAUUGUGACGAUAGAUUGCUUUUGGUUCGGAUAAACAUGGUAAAGGACAAGGGAUCUGGAUUGCUUAUCAUAAUUAGCCCUCUCGCUUCAUUUUAGAAUCAUUAUAUCUGAACUUGAACCAUUGAUUUGCUCGUUUUGUUCUACUUCUCAGGUACAGUAAUUGGAAUAUUUAUCGAUGUAUUAUCAUGUGCAGUGUGAAAUUAUAUGUAAAUAUAUACUGUAUGUAUUUUGAGAGCAAUAAUGCAGCAGAAAAUCAUAAAAGAAAUUAAUAAAUGUUUAUACUUUACAUAAUUAUAUA